AAAGAAACUAAACAAAUAAUGUCAAGUGAUGAUUCAUCGUCCUCCUCUGAUGAGGAAUUGAAGAAGAAGAAGGUGAAGAAGUCCAAGAAGGAUACCAAGUCAAAGAAGACCAAGAAGGACAAGAAGAAGAAGAAGAAGGUCAAGAAGGAUCCAAACGCACCACGUCGUCAUCUGUCCGCCUUUAUCUACUUCUCCAAGGAGAUGCGUCCAACCAUCAAGGCCGAGAACCCACAGGCCACCUUUGGCGAGCUUGGCUCCCUUCUGGGCAAGGCCUGGGAUGCUCAACUGCCAGAGAACAAGAAGCAGUUUGAGAAGUUGGCCGCCGAGGACAAGAAGCGUUGGGAGAUGGAGAAGAAGAUCUACGACGAGAAGAAGGCCAACGCUGCCUCCGACUCUGACUCCUCAUCUGACUCUGAUUAA